AUGUCGCAAGAAGCAAAACUGUUAAGAUUUAUUACAAGACUGCCUCCAACUGUCAACCCAUAUGUUGCGACAGCCAAGAGGCUGGAGGAGAUGAUACAUUCUCCUCAAAGUCCGCUAUGGUCACGCCGCUUGAGAGUUGUGGUCUUGGUGUUGUAUUGCCUCAUUUUCGCCCAAGCUCUGUAUCUCUUAUACCAACGGUCAAGAAUUCACAAGUCCGCAAAACUGAAGUACAACAGAUUGGGACUAUUUGUUAUCAACAUAUCCGACACUUCAGCACUGGCAUAUUUCUUCUAUGCGCCAUUGACACUAUACGUCGUCGCGGUGAACAUUGCGAUCGAUAGAGGAUAUCCGAUCGACGAAUCUACAAUGAUAUGUGUCUUCGGUCACAAAUUUAUUGCGGUUGUUCUAGGGUCUUGGGGUACGCGCACUCAAUGCGCUCAGAUAUUUUGGAAUUCGGAUAUGGCUUCCAACAUGGACAGAGAGAAGUUGAAAACCGCGAUCAAGUGGGGCGUGUCCAGUUUCUUUGUGAUAUGUGCAUUCGGACCAGUCCCUUUCAUAUCUCUUAUAUAUAUCCGAGCCUACAGAGAAUUACACGAAGUGGAAACGAUUAUCCAUGGGGUAGCUUCGAAUCUACGAGCGGAGAGUGGGACUUACGAUCCUGCCACUUUCAAUGUCUUGAAUAUUUUAACCCUCCUAAUACCAGCAAGGAGAGCGACGUAUCAUAACCAUCGAUUUGAAGUAACUCUCAAAACCGGCGAUGGCGUCUAUUGCUUGAUUACCUUCUUGCUUAUUUCCAUCUACAUACCCCUUCUCACAAUAUCGCUCAGAUCUUUGUACAACCAAUCUGUAUCUCAAUCCAAGAUUGAUGCAGUAAUGGGCUCAUCUGGGGGAUCCAAGCCAUCUCGCAAUGGUAGGAAAAUCUACCGCGAGCGGCAGAGGUUGGUCUAUCACGCGCUCUGUGUAUUUUUCAGUACGGCGGUGCACUUCCCACCGACAGUAUGGAAGGUUUUCAACAGCAAAGGCGACUUCUUGCACGAUGUCGCGUUCAAAGAAGUAACUCAGCAAGGUCUGAUGGCACCAUUGGCGUUUUCGGGAAAUGUUAUACUUUUGCUCCUUAACAUCCAUUCCUAUCAAAUUCGUCGCGAUAGGAAGAUGAGAAUGGCACAGCGACAAGCCACGAUCGAAUCGAGUCAAGGAUCAGGCGCUCCGACCAGAAGAACAGGCAUUAGAACGUUAUUUCUCAGUCAAUCUGACGAUGAAGAAAUCUCGCUUCAAAAUGUUGUAGAAUCUACGCAAGUCGGCAGUCAUAUGGCGGAAAAAUCAGAAAAGUAUCCUGGCUCUCCAACUUUAACGCCCGGCUACAUGAGCACAUCCCUGGCGGGAAUCAAAAUAAAACAGUGUACUUUCUCAACAACCACCUAA